UGAACGGCUUUUAGGUCCGAUUUAAACUCCGGCGAAUUCCGAUGCCGCCGAAGAUGGGAAGUAAAUCUCCGGCCCUAGUGGAUUUAACCGGCAGCGACGAUGAGGAGGCGGCGGCAAACACAACGCCAAACAAAAUAUCCUCGAAUUCUCAGACGGCGAUUUUAUCAUCACCGGACGAUAAAGCCCUUGAUUGCCGCAGUUUCUGGAAAGCCGGAAAUCAGGAUUUCGGCCCUACCACGAGGCCUCAACCUGUUCAUGCAGGAGAGUUGGAGCAUGCCCGAGUUCAUCCGAAGUUUCUUCAUUCUAAUGCCACUUCUCACAAAUGGGCCUUUGGCGCAAUUGCUGAGCUUCUGGAUAAUGCCGUAGACGAGAUGCAUAACGGCGCAACAUUUGUGAAGGUUGACAAAGUUGAUAUAAUGAAGGACAACUCUCCAGCCUUACUUUUCCAUGAUGAUGGUGGGGGAAUGGAUCCUGCUGGCAUUCGGAGAUGUAUGAGUUUGGGUUAUUCUUCAAAGAAGGCAAACACAACAAUAGGACAAUAUGGGAACGGAUUUAAGACAAGCACCAUGCGACUAGGAGCUGAUGCAAUUGUUUUCACUCGUGCGAUUCGUUCAGGCCUUGCAACCCAAAGCGUUGGCCUUUUAUCCUACACCUUUCUACGGAUGACUGGCCAGGAUGAUGUUAUUGUUCCAAUGAUUGAUUUUGAUGUUUCACAGCAUUGGGCAGAACCAAUAAUUUAUACCUCCAAAGAGGACUGGUCUUCCAAUUUGGAAACUAUCCUUGAAUGGUCUCCUUUUGAAUCAAAGGAGGACCUCCUGAUGCAGUUUGAGGAUAUUGGACGUCAUGGAACAAAAGUUAUUUUAUUCAAUCUCUGGUUGAAUGAUGAAGGCAUUUAUGAAUUGAAUUUUGACGACGAUGAUGAGGAUAUACGGUUGAGAGAUGAAGCUAAUCAAGGAGGUUUGAAAAAACUGCGCAAAAAUGUGGCUGAAUUGCGAUCACAUAUUUCUUAUCGCAUCCGCUAUUCAUUAAGGGCAUAUGUUUCAAUAUUAUAUCUGAGAAGGUUUACGAACUUUAACAUCAUUCUGAGGGGAAAACCAGUUGAGCAGUAUAAUAUUGCAGAUGAAUUGAACUACUCAAAAGUAGUUACAUAUAAGCCUCAACUACACACAAUAAAGGAGGUCUUGGUGGAUACAACCAUUGGAUUCGUAAAAGAGGGACCAGCUCUUGGAGUUUGUGGGUUCAACGUGUAUCACAAAAAUCGACUUAUUGUGCCCUUCUGGAAAGUUACUAGCGAUGGUUCUUCAAGAGGGAAUGGUGUUGUGGGAGUUCUUGAAGCAAACUUCUUAGAGCCAGUACAUGACAAACAGGGUUUUGAGAGAUCAUCUGCAUUUAUCCGGCUUGAAACAAAGCUGAAGCAAAUGGUUAUGGAGUAUUGGAGAUCCUGCUGUCACUUAGUGGGAAUUCAACCUCCAGGUUUAUAUUAUCCGCAGAAGAAUCUGGCUAAUCAAGCUUCUACUGGACCUGCACCUGAUAUUCAGAAAAAUUUGGCCAAGGAACAAUAUGAUAGUCAUCCCAAAGGUUCCAACAAAGAAGUGAACACUACCGAAGAUUUUGAUGUCUCAGAAACAGCAUCUGCUAAUCGUAUAUGUGAGGAGAAUAUUAAACUAUUUAUGAGGUGUGAAGAACAUGCGAAGAAAGAAAUUGAAUUGCAAGAACUGGUUGACAGCUUAGAGAAGGAACUAAAGGAAGCCAAGAGGAAGCAUGCUCAGAUAUUAUCAGUUGUGGAGAACAAGAGGAAGCAGAAGAGUACGAAAUAGCUAACUGAAAUAUUUGACGGGGCUCGGUCGAAUUACCGCAACACGCCACUGUUAGUACAUAUAACCUCUCACUUUGCCUCCUUCCACAUUCCAGUUUUUGGCUAAUGAAGGCUCCACGUUAUGAACCGGUUCUUCAUGGAGAGUAUUCACGGCAUCUUUCCUAUAUUCUCCGUUCGCGAUAUGUAAAGAUGAAAGAAGUCGAGAUGUAUCUUUUGAGGUAAAUGAUCAUCAUUUAGAAUUUUAGAUGCAUGAAGGUCCCAGCAAUCUUGAAGGCUUAUGAACCAGAUGAUUGCUUUGGCUACUUAGAUUGCAAUUGGUUUUGAGUCUGUGGGGGAGAGAAAAUUGGCCUCUUUUGCUUUUGGUUUAACUUAAAGAUCCAUAAUAUCAACUAACUUGGAACUAAUUUGGAUUAGGCAGGGAUUAAUGUGAAAUGAGAAACUAGUUUGGAAGGCUUAAA